CUGUCUCCGUCUGCAGAGCACACCGCGGGUCACCGCCCUGCCCACACCGCAGCCGUGCCCGGGGGCUAGCGGGCGGGGGCUAUCGCGGCCCCUCCCGGCGGACCCAGGAGUUCUCGGCACGGACCGGGCCGGGGCGGCGCAUCCCGAGCGGAAAAGCCGCAGCGAGCGGAGCAGAAGUGUCGGUCCUCGGCUGCCCGGGUUGAAGGGGAGCGGAGGCAGAAGACCUCUGCGCUUCCCACGGCAGCACAGAACAGAAGGGCGAAAGUCUGCAGCGGGGAGAAGCCGCCGCCAGCUCCUUACUGGCAGGGCGGAGCAUCCCACCCCAGGUGCUCCAUCUCCUGCCUUGCCCCUCCAAGGGACGCAGACCCCGACCGAAGGAGAAGAGGAGCAGCGAGGAGCAGCCGAUUCUUGCGAGCCCCGCGUCCCCAGCCCGCCGGAGCUGCCGGUGGCCGGUCCCCGUGCUGCGCCGUUCUGGAAUUAAAAAUCCCAAAACAAUCCAAAACGUUUUCAUCCAGGAUUGUAACCCAAGAUUGAAUUUCCAAGACCUGGACAGCUCCGAUUUUCAUUCUGUGUUCUUAUGCAGAAGAUGUCAGAAAACAUAACAGAGAACUCCACUGGCCCUCAGUCAACAGAGAACUCCGUUAGCCCUCAGUCAGCAGUUCUAGGUGUGUUCCUGGGAAGCAUUUCAUUGAUCACUAUUGUCAUGAACCUAUUGGUACUAUAUGCUGUGAAAACUGAAAAGAAGCUGCAAACAGUUGGCAAUUUAUACAUUGUCAGCCUCUCUGUUGCAGAUCUGAUAGUUGGUGCAGCUGUUAUGCCCCUGAAUAUUUUUUAUCUCCUACACACUAAGUGGACUCUAGGUUCACCAGCCUGUUUGUUCUGGCUGUCAAUGGAUUAUGUGGCCAGCACUGCAUCCAUUUUCAACCUCUUCAUUUUGUGCAUUGACCGUUACCGUUCAGUUCAGCAACCACUGAUAUAUCUCAAGUAUAGAACCAAAAUGAGAGCAUCGCUGAUGAUAUUGGGGGUCUGGCUGCUCUCUUUCAUGUGGAUCAUUCCAAUCUUAGGAUGGCAUGCUUUUGCUAAUAAUGGGAAAUGGAAAGAAAUGGGAAACAAGUGUGAAACUGAAUUCUCUGAUGUCACCUGGUUUAAAGUGUUGACAGCCAUUUUCAAUUUCUACCUACCCUCUAUCUUGAUGUUAUGGUUCUACUAUAAAAUAUUUAGAGCUGUUCAAAAACACUGUCAGCACAGAAAGCUCAAUGGGCCAAAUCAAUCCUCCUCAGAAAUAUGCUCCAUACAUCAAACAAAGGACAAGCUGAAUACUUGCCUCCAAAAGCAAAUCUUAGAUGAGAACAUGCCUCCCAAGGACAAGGAAAGCUCCCCUGAGCCCCAAAAUGUGGAGGUAGAGCUUCGUUUCAGUAAUCCUGAGAAGACUUCAAGGGCGCUUGUUAGCAGUAGUAAUGGGAGAGUCCUUAAAUGGAACUGUUUUCCUCUCCCCACUGCCCAGUCAGAGCCAGGUCUGGAUAAAGCAGGAAAGACAGAAAUACACACAACAAAAGAGAAGGAAACUGAGGAGGAGCCUUGCUCACAAGUUAGUGAUUUAAGCGAUGCAUCAGACAACCAUACUUUCACAGAGGCAUCCAGCAUAGAGCAUUCCAGUGCUAACUCUGCAAGAGCCUGUGGUCCUCAAGAAAAGACAGAGACAAGGGAUUCCAAAGGACUGACCUACCUGAGAAAAACCUGGCAAAGUCUGCAAGGCCAUUCCAACAGGCACGAUCAAGGACUGCAUGUGAACAGGGAGAGGAAAGCAGCAAAGCAGUUAGGUGUCAUAAUGACAGCCUUCAUGCUGUGCUGGAUUCCCUAUUUUGUAUUAUUUAUGGUAACAGCUUUCCAUGGUCAUGAACAGUUUCCAGUACUACACAAGUUCACUGUAUGGCUUGGCUAUGUGAACUCCACCCUAAACCCAUUCCUGUAUCCUCUUUGUAACCAGAACUUCAAGAAGACAUUCAAAAGAAUCCUUCACAUUCAGUGAUGUUGUUCUGGGAGUGGUUUGAGCUAAAAAGCAGCUCAAGGAAUCAAGCAAACACAUAUUCCCGCUGGGUAAGGUAAAAGACUUUGGAAAACCAUAAUUUAUAAACAAGUGUUAGCAAAAGUGGGAAACAUUGGAGGAAAUGGUAAAGCUUUAAUGCAUUUGAAGAAGUACUAAUUCAGAUCAGGAUCUGAAAAACUCAGGGGCAAUCUCAGAACUAUCACUGUGUUGUACACGUUUUACAAUUUGAGAUUACCUCUAUCACCAUGUAGAACAAGCUCUGGAGGUACAAAAAGAGAUCUUCAAUCGCUAUAAAACAUGCAGAUGACAGAAGAAAUAAGUAACAUUCCUUUGAUCAGCCACAUCUAUUUUUCUCUUUCAACUUACUCCAUUAAACACAGGACCAUACUGCUUAUGAAGUGAUAUCUGCAAGUGGAGAGACUUUACAUAUAGCUUCCAUCAAGUCAUUUACUGUUUUCAUAUGUCAAGUCAUAUUGUAACCUUCUGGAUCUCCUUCACAUCAUGCUUGCUUCAUUUAUUUUACGUCCUAGAAAUGUUGCUGAGACUUUCCAUGCUCAACAUACUAUUUGAGAAGGGUAUGCUGUUGUUACUAGACUUACACACUAUAGCUGAUUAUAGACUACACAAAUGUUCUUCUUCUUACAAGUUGGCAAAUAGCCUAAGCAUGCAGUGGCAAUUCAAACCCAUAUAGCCUUACCUUGUAGUAGGCAAGCUCUUCCCUCUGUAAUGAGGCAAACUCAUGAGCAAAACCUCAGGCCUGUAAAACAGAAAAUAAAAUACAUGAAGUAUGUUUACCUCUUCUAUCCUUUCUAUUUAAUUGCAUUUUACAAACCAUGCUGUAAAAUAUUUCAGGAGAAGCAUACAAUAAGAGGAUACUCCAGGCUGGAAGGGAUCACAGGACAACACCGAAGUAAAACCUGCAGCUCAGAGCUGGCCUGGCACCAUAUUUUUCAAGGUCUUGCCCACAAUCUGAAUGACAAGCAGCUACAAAAACAGCUUCAUGUGGAAAAUCUGGGAGGCAGCCUUGAAAGAGAAGUCUGCAUUAAGGUUCACUCUGCAAACUUGAAGAAUUCACUUGUUCAGCUACUGAUAUUACCAAGUAUUAACUAACUCUCAAAAUCAUACAUGCCCUGCUAGACAAUCCAUCCCCUCUUGCUAUGUUUUGUCAGGUAUAGUUCUCCUCCCAGAGGAAUUAAACAUCGUUCUGCAGCAAGAGUACACAGUGACACAUGUUGCAGGAGCUAACUUAUCAGGAAACUUACAACUUCACAGAGGAAGUGCAUCACAAUAAAAAAGACCGAUGAGCAGGGAGAAGAAUUGAGGCAGAGAAGACCUCAGUCCCUGUAUUAGCUGAAUAUCUCAAGACCAUGUACUGCCUUGUUUGUGGCACACUAGGAAAGCAUUCAUACUUGUUCUCUGCUGUAGAACUGAAAGAAAACCUGAGGAGUAUGUUAAAGAAGAAAUCCCAGAACCAGAUAACUUCAACAGCUAAAGUCACAUUUGCAUGUAAUGCCAUAACUUAGCCUUCAGAAACAACAUAGACAGACCUGGGAAUUGAACUCAGGACUCCUACUCGGACAUUUAAUUCCUCCUCACCAGAUACAAACAAGACCUCACCUCAUCGAGGGGUAAUGAUCGAUCCUCUGCAUCAUAUCCAAGUGUGCCUUGCCUGUGCCACAGAAAUGAGUGACGAUGCUCACAGAAGCCUACCAACACUGCAACUCCAAAACCUAAUCUUCAGCAUACUUCUACUUCCUUCCACUACUGGUUCAAGCACCCAUUUCCACAACAGACUUUUCACGUUGCAGCAGCCCACUGUUGUAGCACUUAAGAGGUUUACAAUACAGGACUAGAUUUUUUUUUUAAAGUAUUUGUAAAUAAAUUGAUAGAAUAAU